UACUGAAAAAUCCAUUAGUGGAUUGCAGGAGUUGGUAAAAUCAACCAGCUCUCCAAUUGCUAUUUGCUACGCUAAUCUACUUUCAAAAGCUUCAAGCGUCUUAAUAAGAUACAUUAUCCCAUAUUCUCUUCUCAGAAAUUACCGAUCUCCAUAAAGUCAGCAUGGAUGAGUCUGUGAUUGUAAGUAGCCCUCUGUUCUUUGGUACCCGAAUCAUUUAGCAUGUAACACAUGCCUAGAACUCUUUCGUUAGGAUUUACAUACUAACAAAGAUAACUAGCCUCCCCAAAGCUUUACUAGCAUUUUCAACUUUGCCCCCUAUAAUGUUAUCCCUCAUCCUACCUCCUUGACAAUUGGACAGAUGCAAGAUAUUAGUCCCGCCAUCUUAGGUAAACCCGAGCCUCACAAGUAUAUUUACCUCCACUUCAGAUAUUCGGAAUCUGGAAUAUCUAAGCAAAUCAUUAUACAUCAAUACCGAAACCACCGCAGACACAAUUGGUUUAGUCAGGAUGAUAUUGACAAAUUGAACUUGUUUCGAAUUGCUGCUAUUACAUUGCAAACAGGUGUUGAUAUUUCGAGGGAUAAGAGAUGCUGGAGAUUUCUUACUAAAGCGGAGAGAAAAGAGUGGUUUCCAAGGUUAAGGAAGUUUGCCAAGGAGACGGAAGCUAGAGAAACAGUCGAAGAGGCACUUGGAAAGGCCACCAACGAGGGAUACGCAAACGAAGAAGUUAUGGGUGACGCGACUGAUAGAGCAGUUGAUGAAUCAACGCAAGGAUCAAUUCAAGGACCAGUCCAAGAACCGGCCAGAAGAUCAAUUGGUGAAACCAUUAGCGGGACGAUGGAAAAAAUAUUAGCAGAGAAGAACCCGAGUCAGAUAAUCUUGCGGUCAAUAGCGAAUAUGAAUCUAAUAUUCCUCAAAGCAGCGGGCCUCUUGUCCAUCGAGGUCGCCGCCCUAAACAAACUUACGGCUUUCCACAAUGCCAGAGUGCGCAAGGAAUGAAUGCUACCUGGAACACCAACGACAACACGGUGUCUCUCAUCGAGACACUGCAAAACCUCAUUCAUAUGUUAAAGUACGGUUAUCCGAAUAAUGAUUCACCGUCCAUUGGUUCUCCAAUAACUGGUUUACCAUCAGCCGCUGCUUCAUCAAGUACAUGUACUCCUAUGCUAGAAGUGGAAGGAUCGAAUUCGGCUGAGUGUCUGAUGUAUUGAGUCCUGUUCUGGAGAGAUUUACCAACAAUGAGGGCCACGGGGAGGAUUUAUUGCUUUAGCGCGU